AAAGAUGGAAAAAAACAGAUGGCAGGUAGUUGUGGCAUAUCUACUGUCUAUCGGAGCUGUCUGUGUGAACUCGUGGUUUUUUAGUUGAAAUGGCAGCCCUUCAAGUCGCAGUCCAUGGCUGCGCUGCUCGGCCUCGGUCUACACCAUUGCCAAUGGCCCCAGCAGUUCCUGGGUUUCAUCCCCCGAAUGGAAGAGCUCACAGUCUUCCCAAACUUAAUCCAAAUUCACUCAGUCUCAGUAUUAGAACCAAAGGUGCCUUAAGAUCUCAAAUGAGGCAAAGACGACUGGUUGCCUAUGCAUCAACUAAUCCUUCGGGUGGAGAUUCCAUUGAAAAAAAAUCGGGUGAAAAGGCAAGCGAGGCUGCCAAAGGUCCUCCAUUCCUUACCAUCUUGGCUGGAAUAUUGGUCUUUUGUAGUGUAUGUUGGGUUAUUGGAUCAAUUUUAAUAUGGUUAAUUAGUCUUAUUGCCAAUUUCCUUCCAAAGUAGUGCGGAGUAUGGGCAAUACUUUCCUGUUAAUACUGAAUACACUAGCUUGCUUUGUCUUCGUUCAUGGAUAUUUUUUAAACCAUUUACCUCUGAUCAUCCAUAUCCAGCAUUGUAACUGUUUUUUGUCAUUAUGCAAACAAACAAUAUCCUUCAUUUAUUUUAUUUUAUUUUAAA